UUCUCUUUCAAUCCGCUGCAAGGGCUAUUCUGCCUAGACGAAGGUGAGGGGGAAGGCCGAGCCCGCUAUUCCGACUGGCGGUAGUGAUGCUGCUAGUGGGUCUGCCAAGCUGCGCUCCGUUAGAUUGAAUAUCUCACACAGUUAUGACAUUUGCCACGACGGCUUUGCAUCUCUCUCGCUCACUCUCUCCCUGUCUAUCUCCCAGUCCCCCCUCUCUCUAUCCCUCGCUCACUUACUUUGGUCGGCGCUUGAUUCACGGUGGGUGGUUUCAGGCAGAACGGACGCCGCCGUCGUCGCGCAGUGAUCCAUCGGUUCGCUCUGUUCGCUCCAUCAGUCAGCAUCCGGCUCUCUCGCUAACAUAUCUGACUCAUUUUUCUUUCCCUUUUUCCCCAUUUGUUUUUUUUUUGUUUUGUUUUGACGGGACAGUUUUCAAAUGUCCCGCGUCUUAAUUGACAUCGACCUGUGACGGUGAAGAACCGAGUGGCUAUUUGUUUUGUCGUGCGUCUCAGUGUCCGUUGCAGCACAAGUGCACAAGUUCAACGCGAUUGGCUAUUUUCUUCAUCCGUAUCACGUUCCAUGCACCAACUAUCCACCUGUCAUUCACUGAAUAGCACGUCAUGGUCACCAGGAAUCUCCUAAGAUUUACCGUUCCGUCUGUCUUUGUUUUGAUCGUCGUUUGUUUUUUCACUAACAGCCAUGCAGGUGCUGACACGAAUAGCUUCAAUCGACGAACGACCAGUGGGAAAACAUCGUUGAUGCGACGUUCUGAUUUGCUGUUGAGCGGCAAUUCGUUAAUGAAUAUCCGUCGGAAGCCGGAUGAGAAGAGACGCCAAAAAGAGGACAAAUAUUUCUUCAAUUCGGUGAUGGAUCGACAACGUCGUAAACCUCGUCCGACGAGCGCCAUUUGCAAAAAUUUCCCGGGACUCAGUAAAAAGCAAUUGGAGCUCUGCUUUCGCUACCCUGACGUCAUGUCGGCCGCUAUAGGAGGCCUUCAGUUGGCCGUCAACGAAUGCCAGUUCCAGUUCCAGAAACACCGAUGGAACUGUUCGGCUCUGGAAAGGAAGAAUCGCAAUCCUCACAGCAGCAAUUUUCUACAGAAAGGUUAUCGGGAAACAGCGUUCGCGUACGCCGUUUCCUCCGCUGGAGUGGCUCAUUCCGUAUCAAAGGCUUGCGGCCAGGGCAAGUUGGAAUCGUGCGGUUGCGACCCGAAGAGCCAGCGCGGAAAUGGCGGUUUUGGCUCAUCGUCAACGCUCGUCGAUUGGCGCUGGAGUGGCUGCUCGCACAAUAUGGAUUUCGGCGUCAAAUUCUCCCGCUUUUUACUUGAUUCACGCCAGCGCGGACAGGAUAUCCAUUCGCGGAUUCACUUGCACAACAGUCACGUCGGUCGAACCGUGGUUGGAGCCAAUUCCGAAAUCCGAUGUAAAUGCCACGGCAUGUCCGGUAGUUGUGAAAUGAAGACAUGCUGGAAAGCUGUGCCGGAAUUCCGGCGCGUUGGAACCGUACUGAAGGAGCGUUUCAACCAGGCCGUCCUGGUCGAUCAAUCUCAGCUGGGCAAUGAAGCUGGCAGCAGUAGCAAAGGACGCCAAUUCGCUCGUCGCAUCCGCGACACGGACCUGCUCUUCUACGAGCGAUCGCCCAACUUCUGCGAAGAGCGGCCGGAUGUUGACUAUCCGGGCAUUACCGGACGACGUUGCAACAAGACGGGAGACGAACUGGACAAUUGCCAGUCGCUUUGCUGCGGUAGAGGUUAUAACGUCGUCCGCCAGAAACGGACGGAACGAUGCCACUGUCGCUUCCAUUGGUGUUGCUCUGUCGUGUGCAACAAUUGCACCGUCGAGCAGUGGGUCACUGUUUGCAAAUAAAUUCGUUUUCCCCCAACUCAUUUCGUUACCUGUCUGUUUGUCCAUGUUCGUUCUUGUCUCACUUCUCACCAAGUGGAAAGAAGAAGAAAAAAAAAAAAACAGGUCCGUCUUAUCUUUUGCCAUGUCAUUGCACUUGUUUUAUUUGGAUAAGAUCCGAUUUCGUGCUGUCGUUCUCGAUUUACGUUACAUAAUUAUGUAUACAUACUGUAUGAAUAUAUAGAAGAAGAAAAGUGUUGGCCGAAUAUACCCCGGUGCUAUAUUUGCUUAUCUUUGUAAUGUGUAAACAUGUUCUAACCCAUCCCCAGUGUAACCUGACUGUCGAUCUCUUUGUCGAGAAAACAACAAUAAUAAAUAUACAUAUAUACUGUG